CUAUAUCCCUUUCAAGAAGAGGGGGCCUUUUAAGGCAGCGGUGGAGAGCGUGAGUGGCAAUUCGUGGUCUGGGUUUGCUAGCUGCUCUCUGUUUUCUUCAGAGCAGCAGCCAUGGAGAGGAUGAAGAAACUUUGCCUUGGCGUCACCCUGCUUCUCUUCUUGCUCCUGGUGUCUGCUGCCCAUGGAGCUCGGCUUCCUGAUGCCAAGGACGUAGCAGCAGCAGCAGCAGCAGGUGAUGGCGAGAGGAUCACGGUGAGGACAGGACAUGGGCACGGCUACAGCAGCCACAGCGGCGGGCACCCGAACGGCGGCACGCCGGAGCAGGGCGGUGCAGGGGUUGUCGAUCCUCGUAACAACAAUGCUAGGAGCCACCACCGCAAUGGCGCGGCGAGCAGGGCUCUUGGCUACUCUUCUUGGCUCAUCUGCACGCUCGUUGGAGGAGUUGUUAUGAUGCUUCUUGUAUGAGAUACUAGCUAGGAGAUGACCUGUGAUACUUGUAUGUAAAAAAUGAAAUGUCUCUUCUUUCCUCGAACCUUUUUUCCUGUAAAAAAUUUAUAUGGUAAUGUUCAAAUGUCGUCUGGAGGGAGAGAGAUAUACACACCAUGUGGGGUGUGAAGUUGGUGAGUUUUAUCACCCCAAAAUUUUUCCAUUUCCCUUUUUCAUGUAUGUAGCUUCAGCGGCUUGCUGUGAUAUGGUAUGGUAUUUGGGUUACCAUGUCAGUUUCAGGUUUUA